UAUAGCAGCAAAGGGAGUGCACCGUUGGACGUUGAAACUUGAACGGUACGGGAAAAAAUGAAACCGUCGAUUAUUCGUACGGAUUUCCGCCUUCCAUUUCCGACGGGUCGCUCCGAUCACAGCGGCUUGAUACGAUCCGACGCCGGACCGCCGUCCGUGUCCGUCCGUGGAGGAGCCACGUCCCCUGCACCGCCGCCUCCGAAGCUGAGGGCGGUGAAGACCGCCGAGAAGCCACCGAUAUGCACCGCCGACGAGAUUCACUACGUCCCCGUGUCCAACUCCGAUUGGAAGCUUGCUCUCUGGCGCUACACUCCUCCUCCCGAUGCGCCUCGGAGGAAUCGCCCCCUGUUGCUGCUAUCAGGCGUUGGGACCAAUGCCGUCGGAUACGAUCUCGAUCCCGAGUCCUCGUUCGCGCGGCACAUGUCUGGCCAAGGAUUCGAUACUUGGGUUGUUGAGUUUCGAGGCGCAGGGUUGAGUGCGGAAAGAGUGUAUUCCGAGGAAGCUGUCCGAGCUCUUAGCGAAUCGGGAACCUCUUCGUCUGGAGAGAAUGGGGCAAAGGCACUAUACCAAGAUAAGCGGCAGUGUCCACCACAGUUGACGGAAUUUCGGGCGAACUUCUUCGAGCAAUUUAAGAGCUUCAUUGGAGGAGGCCAAUAUUCAAGCCUAGUCAGUUUGCUCAGGGGAUUGAGUAAAAGAAUUUUGAAUCUAAUGGAACGUCAGAGCUCUGUCCCUCCACCGUUUAUUGACUUACAAGAACGUAUUUCGAGCAGUUUGGAAGAUUUCGAGAAGCAACUUGAUGUCAUUGUGAAGUAUGAUUGGGACUUUGAUCAUUACUUAGAAGAAGACGUGCCGGCCGUGAUGGAAUACGUGAGGACUCAUUGCAAAUCAAAGGACCAUAAAUUGCUGGCAGUUGGUCACUCUAUGGGCGGUAUCUUGCUGUAUGCUAUGCUGUCACGAUGUGCUUCCGAGGGAAAAGAUACGGGUUUGGCAUCAGUUGCUACUCUGGGUUCAUCACUAGAUUACACGUCUUCAAGAUCAUCUCUCAAAACGCUGUUACCACUGGCAGAUCCAGCGCAGGCUCUAAACGUUCCCGUCAUUCCAAUCGGAGCAUUGAUUGCUGCUGCCCAUCCAUUCGUUUCUCGCCCUCCUUACUUUCUUUCCUGUUUGAACGCCCAAAUUACUGCUCAGGACAUGAUUCCUGAAUUGCUCGAAAAACUUGUAAUGAAGAAUUUCGGCACAGUUCCUGCUAAACUUCUGCUGCAGCUUACGUCUGCCUUCAGAGAGGGAGGUCUAUGUGACAGGAGCGGGACAUUCUUUUACAAGGACUACAUAGGAAAGACUAACGUCCCUGUCUUAGCCGUUGCUGGAGAUCAAGAUCUUAUAUGUCCUCCAGAAGCUGUAUAUGAAACAGCAAAGCUAAUUCCCGAGCAUUUGCUUACAUUCAAAGUGUUUGGAGAACCUGGGGGUCCACAUUAUGCUCACUACGAUUUAGUCGGAGGACUAAUGGCGGCAGAUCAAGUGUAUCCUUGCAUCAUUGAUUUCCUUUGUCGGCACGACAUGGUCUAGACCUUGUGAUAUUCUUUCAACCACAACUUACACAGUUCUUUGGUGUCUAGACCUUGUGAUAUUCUUUCAACCACGACUUACACAGUUCUUUCCCUACUCGAGAUCGGAAUCUUGAAGGCUCAGCUGAAGCAUUCUCAGUGGCACCUAGUCGCAGAUGAUGCAGGAUUAUUAGAGAUUUUAGCUGCUGCUAGUGUACUUACGUUGUCCAAUUUGUGGCUGUCUUGUAAAUGACAAAAACGUCUUCUAAUCUCCGUAUGAAACAUGUGAAUCUGAGAUUUCCUGUAACAUUUCCUUUCUCUAAUCAAAUUACUCAAAAACAUUUAAAUGUAGUGCCCAUCAA